CAAUUAUGGAAACUGUUGAAGAAUUGUCUAUACGUCAUAAAAAAGAAUCUAGAGAUCUUGAAGCGCAAAUUAUUAAGCUAAAAAAGACAGUAGCGAAGGGUGAUAAGAAACGUCAGAGAGAGGUUCAGGCUGAAUCAAGUAGGCUAAAAACUGAACUUCAUCAAAGACAACAAAAAGAGAUCCAAGAACUUAGAGCGAAGGAAAGCAUUGAGGAAACAAAUAAUUUCGGUGAAUCUACUUCAAAAGACAACUGCAAUGAGUUGAGUGUUGAUGAGGAGGUAGAUAUCGUGGAUCAACUGUAUGCAAGGUUAGAGGCGACGCGUAUUGAAGAGGAAGAAAACAAAAAGCCUAAUACACCCGCAAUCAAUGGAAUAGCAAAUAAACAAAGAAAACCAAAUAGACAUAAAUUACGAAAGGAACGCAAAGCGGCUGAGCUUGCCAAGGAACAGAAUGAGGCCGCAGAAGAGGCUAAGAACCAAAUUAAUAUGAACGAGGUUGAAAGCAAUGCAAUUACAGAAUUAAUUAAGCCCAUGGGAUUAGUUGUAGAGGAGGUGGAUUAUCGAGAAAUGAGACAUGAAGCUGCAAUGUAUAUGCGACAACACCCUGAUGAUUUCCUACCGUUUUUAUCUAACGCGAAAGAUGGGGAAAUGUAUAGUUUGGAACAAUUUCAAAAAUAUUGUGAUGAUUUGGAAAACACUGCGGUGUGGGGUGGAGAACUAGAGAUAAUCGCAAUCUCGAGAGUUUACAAGGUCCCUAUACAUAUCGUACAAAUGAACUCGCCAAUUUUAAAAAUGUCUGAUGAUAUAUUUCCUGACAAGGACCCAAUAUUCUUAUCGUAUCCUUUUAAUAACUUUAAAUAUUCAAUAGAACAAACAUUAUAA